CCCUAUUACUCUACCCCCGCCAGUUUCAGACUGUGCCUUGUCCAAGGUUGACCUGGUCAUCAUCAUAGACGCCUCCACCAGUGUAGGACAAGAUAACUACGAUAAAAUGCUGGCCUUCUGUAAGGAUUUCCUAAAGAACGCCGAUAUUGAUUCCGGUAACGUACGUGUUGGUGCCAUGAUCUACAGUUCCGGUGUAGAAAUCCAGUUUAAUCUAAAUACAUUCUCCACGAGAGCUGAUAUAAACCAGGCUAUUGAUGAAAUCCCCUACAUCUACGGAAGUACAAACACAGCUGACGCUUUACAGACAAUGAGGAGCAUGUUUAACUCCGCUGAUGGAGAUCGUGAUGACGUCCCCAACAUCUGUAUCAUCUUAACAGACGGCGUAUCCAACAUCAAUUCCCGGAGAACCAUCCCGGAAGCGGAUCUUGCCAGAGAGGACGAUAUCCACAUAUACGCUAUUGGUAUCGGUCUGAAGGAUACCAAAGAGUUGGACGGAAUCGCGAACAAACCAGCAUCGGAAAACAGCUUCAACGUUCAGACCUUUGACGAACUGAACGUUCUUAGUGACCAAGUUUUCUCUUCUCUUUGCCCGGUUACCGAUCCACCGACGACUACCACGACCACCACUACUACCACUACACCAGCGCCCACACCUCCGCCUAGAGCAUUCGAUCUUGUCAUCGUCUUGGACUCUUCGGUAACACCAGAGAAAUUCGAAUGGAUCCGCAAUUACGCUAAAAUGGUCGCUGGUAGACUCAGUAUAGACAACGAGAAAUUCCGUGUCGGACUCCUUAGGUACAGUACUGACCAGGCCGUGCAGUACCAGCUGAACGACUACUUGACCAGGGACGGCGUUGUGGCCGCCAUUGACGAUGUCCAGUAUCGCCCGGGAGAGACCAAUACCGCCGACGCUUUAGAAUAUGUAAGAAGAAGGAUGUUCCGACCUGAAAAUGGUGAUAGAGACUUUGCUAGAAACUACAUUCUUUUGAUCACUGGAAAUGACGAAAGCACAGACAGGUACAGCGCUUUCCGGGCAGCUGAGAAAAACGAAAAUGACGGAAAUUAUCUGUUUACUGUGGGAGUCGGACUUCGGGACCACAGCGAACUGGACGAGGUGUCGUCACAUCCUCUGGAUGAAUACCAACGUCUGUUCUUGAUAACUGACCGACCAGAGGAUAUCGAUGAUGAGCUAGCGAUGUUAGAUCAAUCACCAGAGCAACCUCCUGAUGGAUUCCGACAGAGACCAUACCCUCCACCAUCAACAACGCCGAUACCGAUAACACUGCCACCUCCCGUAUCCGACUGUGCCCUGUCCAAGGUUGAUCUGGUAAUCAUCAUAGACGCCUCCACCAGUGUAGGACAAGAUAACUACGAUAAAAUGCUGGCUUUCUGUAAGGAUUUCCUAAAGAACGCCGACAUUGAUUCCGGUAACGUGCGUGUUGGUGCCUUGAUCUACAGUUCCGGUGUAGAAAUCCAGUUUAAUCUCGACACAUUCUCCACGAGAGCUGAUAUAAACCAGGCUAUUGAUGAAAUCCCCUACAUCUACGGAAGUACGAACACAGCUGACGCUUUACAGACAAUGAGGAGCAUGUUCAACUCCGCUGAUGGAGAUCGUGAUGACGUCCCGAACAUCUGUAUCAUCCUAACAGACGGCGUAUCCAACAUCAAUUCCCGGAGAACCAUCCCGGAAGCGGAUCUCGCUAGGGUUGACGAUAUCCACAUUUACGCCAUUGGUAUCGGUCUGAAGGAUACCAAAGAGUUGGACGGCAUCGCCAACAAACCAGCAUCAGAAAACAGCUUCAACGUUCAGACCUUUGACGAACUGAAUGCACUCAGUGACCAGGUCUUCUCUUCUCUCUGUCCAGUAAUGCGCACCACCGAGCCCCUUCCUACAACUUCUACAACUACGGUACCAACUACUUCAGUGACGGAUGCACCUACACCUCCACCUAGAGCUUUCGAUCUCAUAAUCGUUCUGGACUCAUCCGUUACACCAGAGAAAUUCGAAUGGAUCCGCAAUUAUGCCAAAAUGGUCGCUGGUCGACUCAGUAUAGACAACGAGAAGUUCCGAGUCGGCCUCCUAAGGUACAGUACCGACCCGGCCGUUCAGUAUCAGUUGAAUGACUACUCGACAAGGGAUGGUGUUGUGGCCGCCAUGGACGAUGUCCGGUAUCAGCCUGGCGAGACUAAUACCGCUGACGCUUUAGACUACGUGAGAAGAAGGAUGUUCCGACCUCAAAAUGGUGACAGAGACUUUGCUAGAAAUUUCAUUCUUCUGAUCACCGGAAAUGACGAAAGCACGGACAGGUAUGAAGCGUUCCGAGCUGCAGAGAGAAAUGAAGAUGAUGGGAACUACCUGUUCACGGUGGGUGUCGGACUUCGGGACCACAGCGAACUGGACGAGGUGUCGUCACAUCCUCUGGAUGAAUACCAGCGUCUGUUCUUAAUAUCUGACCGACCAGAGGAUAUCGAUGAUGAGUUAGCGAUGUUGGAAGCAUUACCUGAGGAACCACCCGAGGGUUUCCGUGGACGACCUUAUCCUCCCCCAACUACGACACCUAUCCCUAUUACUCUACCCCCGCCAGUGUCAGAUUGUGCCCUGUCAAAGGUUGACCUGGUCAUCAUCAUCGACGCCUCAACCAGUGUAGGACAAGAUAACUACGAUAAAAUGCUGGCUUUCUGUAAGGAUUUCCUAAAGAACGCCGACAUUGAUUCCGGUAACGUACGUGUUGGUGCCUUGAUCUACAGUUCCGGGGUAGAAAUCCAGUUUAAUUUAAACACAUUCUCCACGAGAGCUGAUAUAAACCAGGCUAUUGAUGAAAUCCCCUACAUCUACGGAAGUACGAACACAGCUGACGCUUUGCAGACAAUGAGGAGCAUGUUCAACUCCGCUGAUGGAGAUCGUGAUGACGUCCCUAACAUCUGUAUCAUCUUAACAGACGGCGUAUCCAACAUAAAUUCCCGGAGGACCAUCCCGGAAGCGGACCGCGCUAGGGUUGACGAUAUCCACAUCUACGCCAUUGGUAUUGGUCUGAAGGAUACCAAAGAGUUGGACGGCAUCGCCAACAAACCAGCAUCGGAAAACAGCUUCAACGUUCAGACCUUUGACGAACUGAAUGCUCUCAGUGACCAGGUCUUCUCUUCUCUUUGCCCAGUUACCGAUGCACCAACCACUACCACCACUACAACAACCACCCCGGCUCCUACCCCUCCGCCGAGAGCCUUUGAUCUUAUUAUUGUGCUGGAUUCUUCGGUAACACCAGAGAAAUUCGAAUGGAUCCGGAGUUACGCUAAAAUGGUCGCUGGCCGACUCAGUAUCGACAACGAGAAAUUCCGGGUCGGCCUCCUCAGGUACAGUACUGACCAGUCUGUUCAGUACCAGCUGGACGAUUACUUGACCAAAGAAGGCGUAGUUGCCGCCAUGGACGAUGUCCAGUAUCAGCCGGGCGAAACUAAUACGGCUGACGCUUUAGAUUAUGUGAGAAGGAGAAUGUUCCGACCUGAAAAUGGCGACAGGGACUUUGCCAGAAACUUCAUUCUUCUGAUCACCGGAAACGACGAAAGCACGGACAGGUAUGAGGCGUUCCGAGCUGCAGAGAAAAAUGAAGACGACGGAAAUUACCUGUUCACGGUGGGAGUCGGACUUCGGGACCACAGCGAACUGGACGAGGUGUCGUCACAUCCUUUGGAUGAGUACCAGCGGCUGUUCUUAAUAUCUGACCGACCGGAGGAUAUCGAUGACGAGUUAGCAAUGUUGGAUGCAUCACCUGAAGAUUCUCCUGAAGGUUUCCGCCAGCGUCCUUAUCCUCCUCCAACUACCACACCGCUGCCGAUAACACUACCGCCACCAGUAUCCGAUUGUGCAUUGUCUAAAGUUGAUCUGGUCAUAAUCAUAGACGCCUCAACCAGUGUAGGACAAGAUAACUACGAUAAAAUGCUGGCUUUCUGUAAGGAUUUCCUAAAGAACGCCGACAUUGAUUCCGGUAACGUGCGUGUUGGUGCCCUGAUCUACAGUUCCGGGGUAGAAAUCCAGUUUAAUCUCAACACAUUCUCCACGAGAGCUGAUAUAAACCAGGCUAUCGAUGAAAUCCCCUACAUCUACGGAAGUACGAACACAGCUGACGCUUUACAGACAAUGAGGAGCAUGUUCAACUCCGCUGACGGAGAUCGUGAUGACGUCCCCAACAUCUGUAUCAUCUUAACAGACGGCGUAUCCAACAUCAAUUCCCGGAGGACCAUCCCGGAAGCGGACCGCGCUAGGGUUGACGAUAUCCACAUCUACGCAAUUGGUAUUGGUCUGAAGGAUACCAAAGAGUUGGACGGCAUCGCCAACAAACCAGCAUCGGAAAACAGCUUCAACGUUCAGACCUUUGACGAACUGAAUGCUCUUAGUGACCAAGUAUUUUCAUCACUCUGUCCAGGUCUCACAGAGCCCCCACCCACAACCACCACAACAACCACCACCACCACUCCGGUACCGACCACAACAGUCACCGACGCCCCGACGCCUCCUCCACGUGCCUUUGAUCUUAUCAUUGUCCUUGAUUCAUCUGUGAAUCCAGCACAAUGGCAAUGGAUUCAACAAUACGCUAAGAUGGUCGCCGGGCAGCUCAGUAUUGACAACGAACAAUUCCGUGUUGGCCUUAUACGGUAUAGUACCGAUCAAGUUGUUCAGUUUCAACUGGACGAUUACUUGACCAGAGAUGACGUUUUGUCUGCAAUGGACAAUAUCCAGUAUCAACCAGGCGAGACCAAUACUGUAGCUGCUUUAGAUUACGUACGAAGAAGGAUGUUUAUACCGGAGAAUGGAGACAGAGACUUUGCUAGAAACUUCGUUCUUCUGAUCACGGGGAAUGACGAAAGCACAGACAGAUACGGCGCUUUCCGAGCUGCUGAAAAAUUAGAAAAUGAAGGCGCUUAUUUAUUUACGGUUGGGAUCGGACUUCAGGAUCACAGCGAACUGGACGAGGUGUCGUCACAUCCUCUGGAUCAAUACCAACGUCUGUUCUUAAUAUCUGAUCGACCAGAGGAUAUCGAUGACGAAAAAGCAAUGCUUGAUGCAUUACCGGAAGUACCACCGGAAGGAUUCCGGCAGAGACCUUUUCGCCCACGUUCUACCACGCCGAUCCCUAUUACACUACCCCCGCCAGUUUCAGACUGUGCCUUGUCGAAGGUUGACCUGGUCAUCAUCAUAGACGCCUCCACCAGUGUAGGACAAGAUAACUACGAUAAAAUGCUGGCUUUCUGUAAGGAUUUCCUAAAGAACGCCGACAUUGAUUCCGGUAACGUACGUGUUGGUGCAUUGAUCUACAGUUCCGGUGUAGAAAUCCAGUUUAAUCUCAACACAUUCUCCACAAGAGCUGAUAUAAACCAGGCUAUCGAUGAAAUCCCCUACAUCUACGGAAGUACGAACACAGCUGACGCUUUGCAGACGAUGAGGAGCAUGUUCAACUCCGCUGACGGAGAUCGUGAUGGCGUCCCCAACAUCUGUAUCAUCUUAACAGACGGUGUAUCCAACAUAAAUUCCCGGAGGACCAUCCCGGAAGCGGACCGCGCUAGGGUUGACGAUAUCCACAUAUACGCGAUUGGUAUCGGUCUGAAGGAUACCAAAGAGUUGGACGGCAUCGCCAACAAACCAGCAUCGGAAAACAGCUUCAACGUUCAAACCUUUGACGAGCUAAAUGCUCUCAGUGACCAAGUCUUUUCUUCUCUCUGUCCAGUUAUGCGAAGUACUGAGCCCUUUACUACUUCUGCCUCCACUACAACUACAACUCCGACACCAACUACCACAGUCACUGACGCUCCAACACCUCCACCUAGAGCCUUCGAUCUAGUGAUCGUACUUGAUUCCUCAGUAACACCAGAGAAAUUUGAAUGGAUCCGCAAUUAUGCCAAAAUGGUCGCUGGUAGACUCAGUAUAGACAACGAGAAGUUCCGAGUCGGUCUCCUCAGGUACAGUACUGACCAAGCCGUUCAAUACCAGCUGAACGAGUACUUGACCAGGGACGGCGUUGUGGCCGCCAUGGACGAUGUCCAGUAUCGGCCGGGAGAGACCAAUACCGCCGACGCUUUGGAGUAUGUUAGGACUCGCAUGUUCAAGCCAAAUAAUGGCGACAGAGAUUUUGCAAGAAAUUUCAUCCUCCUGAUCACUGGAAACGAUGAAAGCACGGACAGGUAUGAGGCGUUCCGAGCUGCAGAGAGAAACGAAGAUGACGGAACUUAUCUGUUCACGGUGGGAGUCGGACUUCGGGAUCACAGCGAACUGGACGAGGUGUCGUCACAUCCUUUGGAUGAAUACCAGCGUCUGUUCUUAAUAUCUGACCGACCAGAGGAUAUUGACGACGAGUUAGCGAUGCUUGAUGCUUUACCAGAGGAGCCUCCUGCAGGGUUCCGCGGACGUCCCUAUCCUCCACCAACGACAACUCCAAUUCCAAUCACACUUCCACCAGCAACUGAUUGUGCCUUAUCAAAGGUUGAUCUGAUCGUCAUCAUAGACGCCUCCACCAGUGUAGGACAAGAUAACUACGAUAAAAUGCUGGCUUUCUGUAAGGAUUUCCUAAAGAACGCCGACAUUGAUUCCGGUAACGUACGUGUUGGUGCCUUGAUCUACAGUUCCGGGGUAGAAAUUCAGUUUAAUCUAAAUACAUUCUCCACGAGAGCUGAUAUAAACCAGGCUAUCGAUGAGAUUCCCUACAUCUACGGAAGUACGAACACAGCUGACGCUUUGCAGACGAUGAGGAGCAUGUUCAACUCCGCUGACGGAGACCGUGACGGCGUUCCUAACAUCUGUAUCAUCUUAACAGACGGCGUAUCCAACAUCAAUUCCCGGAGAACCAUCCCGGAAGCGGACCGCGCUAGGGUUGACGAUAUCCACAUUUACGCCAUUGGUAUCGGUCUAAAGGAUACCAAAGAGUUGGACGGCAUCGCCAACAAACCAGCAUCGGAAAACAGCUUCAACGUUCAGACCUUUGACGAACUGAAUGCUCUCAGUGACCAAGUCUUCUCUUCUCUCUGUCCAGGGUUCAAACAGGAAGAACGACCAACUACCACGUCAACUGUCCCUCCAACGACAGUGACUGAUGCACCGACAACAACUACAACAACUACAACUACCACUCCAGCUCCAACACCUCCACCUAGAGCAUUCGAUCUUAUCAUUGUGCUUGACUCGUCGGUAACACCAGAGAAAUUCGAAUGGAUCCGCAAUUACGCUAAAAUGGUCGCUGGUCGACUCAGCAUUGAUAACGAGAAAUUCCGUGUCGGCCUUCUCAGAUACAGUACUGACCAGGCCGUCCAAUACCAGCUGAACGAUUAUUUGACCAAGGAUGACGUUGUUACUGCCAUGGACGAUGUCCAGUACCAACCAGGCGAGACAAACACAGUGUCCGCCUUAGAUUACGUUAGAAGAAGGAUGUUUACACCUGAAAAUGGUGACAGAGACUUUGCUAGAAACUUUGUACUUCUUAUCACGGGAAAGGAUGAAAGCACAGAUAGAUACGGAUCCUUCCGGGCAGCUGAGAAAUUAGAAAAUGAAGGCGCGUAUAUAUUUACGGUUGGUGUCGGACUUCAGGACCACAGUGAACUGGACGAGGUGUCGUCACAUCCUCUGGAGGAAUACCAGCGCCUGUUCUUAAUAUCUGACCGUCCAGAGGAUAUCGAUGACGAGUUAACAAUGUUGGACGCAUUACCAGAGGAGCCCCCGGCAGGUUUCCGUGGACGCCCCUACCCUCCUCCAACAACAACGCCAAUUCCAAUCACGCUUCCACCUGCGACAGAUUGCGCCUUGUCCAAAGUUGAUCUCGUCAUCAUCAUAGACGCCUCCACCAGUGUAGGACAAGAUAACUACGAUAAAAUGCUGGCUUUCUGUAAGGAUUUCCUAAAGAACGCCGACAUUGAUUCCGGUAACGUACGUGUUGGUGCCUUGAUCUACAGUUCCGGGGUAGAAAUCCAGUUUAAUCUCGACACAUUCUCCACGAGAGCUGAUAUAAACCAGGCUAUUGAUGAAAUCCCCUACAUUUACGGAAGUACGAACACAGCUGACGCUUUGCAGACGAUGAGGAGCAUGUUCAACUCCGCUGAUGGAGAUCGUGAUGACGUCCCGAACAUCUGUAUCAUCUUAACAGACGGCGUAUCCAACAUCAAUUCCCGAAGAACCAUCCCGGAAGCGGAUCUCGCUAGAGUUGACGAUAUCCAUAUAUACGCCAUUGGUAUCGGUCUGAAGGAUACCAAAGAAUUGGACGGCAUCGCCAACAAACCAGCAUCGGAAAACAGCUUCAACGUUCAAACCUUUGACGAACUGAAUGCGCUCAGUGACCAGGUCUUCUCUUCUCUAUGUCCAGUUAAGCGAACCACUGAGCCCUCUACUACUACCACUACAACCACGACUCCAGCACCAACUACCACAGUCACUGACGCUCCAACGCCUCCUCCUAGAGCCUUCGAUCUCGUAAUAGUACUGGAUUCCUCAGUAACACCAGAGAAAUUCGAAUGGAUCCGCAAUUAUGCCAAAAUGGUCGCUGGUAGACUCAGUAUAGACAACGAGAAGUUCCGAGUCGGUCUCCUCAGGUACAGUACUGACCCAGCUGUUCAAUACCAGCUGAACGAGUACUUGACCAGAGACGGCGUUGUGGCCGCCAUGGACGACGUUCAGUAUCGGCCGGGAGAGACCAAUACCGCCGACGCUUUGGAGUAUGUUAGGACUCGAAUGUUUAGACCCAAUAAUGGUGACAGAGAUUUUGCAAGAAAUUUCAUCCUCCUGGUCACUGGUAAUGACGAAAGCACGGACAGGUAUGAGGCGUUCCGAGCUGCAGAGAGAAACGAAGAUGACGGAACUUAUCUGUUCACGGUUGGGGUGGGACUACGGGACCACAGUGAACUGGACGAGGUGUCGUCACAUCCUCUGGAUGAAUACCAACGUCUGUUCUUAAUAUCUGACAUACCAGAGGAUAUCGACGACGAGUUAGCAAUGUUAGAUGCAUUACCAGAAGAUCUCCCAGAAGGGUUCCGUGGACGUCCCUAUCCUCCCCCAACGACUACGCCAAUUCCAAUCACACUUCCACCAGCAACUGAUUGUGCCUUGUCCAAAGUUGACCUGAUCAUCAUCAUAGACGCUUCCACCAGUGUAGGACAAGAUAACUACGAUAAAAUGCUGGCUUUCUGUAAGGAUUUCCUAAAGAACGCCGACAUUGAUUCUGGUAACGUACGUGUUGGUGCCUUGAUCUACAGUUCCGGUGUAGAAAUCCAGUUUAAUUUAAACACAUUCUCCACGAGAACUGACAUAAACCAGGCUAUCGAUGAAAUCCCCUACAUCUACGGAAGUACGAACACAGCUGACGCUUUGCAGACGAUGAGGAGCAUGUUCAACUCCGCUGAUGGAGAUCGUGAUGGCGUCCCCAACAUCUGUAUCAUCUUAACAGACGGCGUAUCCAACAUCAAUUCCCGAAGAACCAUCCCGGAAGCGGAUCUCGCUAGAGUUGACGAUAUCCACAUAUACGCCAUUGGUAUCGGUCUGAAGGAUACCAAAGAAUUGGACGGCAUCGCCAACAAACCAGCAUCGGAAAACAGCUUCAACGUUCAAACCUUUGACGAACUGAAUGCGCUCAGUGACCAUGUCUUCUCUUCUCUAUGUCCAGGCUUCAAACAGGAAGAACGACCGUCUACCACGUCAACUGUUCGUCCAACGACAGUGACCGAUGCACCGACCACUACAACCACAACUACUACUACUACCACUACCACCCCAGCUCCAACACCCCCACCUAGAGCAUUCGAUCUUAUCAUCGUGCUUGACUCCUCGGUAACACCUGAGAAAUUCGAAUGGAUUCGCAAUUACGCUAAAAUGGUCGCUGGUCGACUCAGCAUUGAUAACGAGAAAUUCCGUGUCGGCCUUCUCAGAUACAGUACUGACCAGGCCGUCCAAUACCAGCUGAACGAUUAUUUGACCAAGGAUGACGUUGUUACUGCCAUGGAUGAUGUCCAGUACCAACCAGGCGAGACAAACACAGUGGCUGCCUUAGAUUACGUUAGAAGAAGGAUGUUUACACCUGAAAAUGGUGACAGAGACUUUGCUAGAAACUUUGUUCUUCUGAUCACGGGAAAAGACGAAAGCACAGAUAGGUAUGGAGCCUUCCGGGCAGCUGAGAAAUUAGAAAAUGAAGGCGCGUAUAUAUUUACGGUUGGGGUCGGACUUCAGGACCACAGUGAACUGGACGAAGUGUCGUCACAUCCUUUGGAGGAAUACCAGCGUCUGUUCUUAAUAUCUGACCGACCAGAGGAUAUCGAUGAGGAGUUAACAAUGUUGGACGCAUUACCAGAGGAGCCCCCAGCAGGUUUCCGUGGACGCCCCUACCCUCCUCCAACAACAACGCCAAUUCCGAUCACGCUUCCACCUGCGACAGAUUGCGCCUUGUCCAAAGUUGAUCUCGUCAUCAUCAUAGACGCCUCCACCAGUGUAGGACAAGAUAACUACGAUAAAAUGUUGGCUUUCUGUAAGGAUUUCCUAAAGAACGCCGACAUUGAUUCCGGUAACGUACGUGUUGGUGCCUUGAUCUACAGUUCCGGGGUAGAAAUCCAGUUUAAUCUCGACACAUUCUCCACGAGAGCUGAUAUAAACCAGGCUAUUGAUGAAAUCCCCUACAUCUACGGAAGUACAAACACAGCUGACGCUUUACAGACGAUGAGGAGCAUGUUCAACUCCGCUGACGGAGAUCGUGAUGGCGUCCCUAACAUCUGUAUCAUCUUAACAGACGGUGUAUCCAACAUCAAUUCCCGGAGAACCAUCCCGGAAGCGGACCUAGCCAGAGAGAACGAUAUCCACAUCUACGCCAUUGGUAUCGGUCUGAAGGAUACCAAAGAGCUGGACGGCAUCGCCAACAAACCGGCAUCGGAAAACAGCUUUAACGUUCAAACUUUUGACGAACUGAAUGCACUCAGUGACCAGGUCUUCUCCUCUCUCUGUCCAGUAAAGCGAACCACUGAGCCCCCUACAACUACUACCACCACUACAACCACGACUCCAGCACCAACUACUACAGUCACUGAUGCUCCAACACCUCCACCUAGAGCCUUCGAUCUAGUGAUCGUACUGGAUUCCUCAGUAACACAAGAGAAAUUCGAAUGGAUCCGCAAUUAUGCUAAAAUGGUCGCUGGUAGACUCAGUAUAGACAACGAGAAGUUCCGAGUCGGUCUCCUUAGGUACAGUACUGACCAGGCCGUUCAGUACCAACUGGACGAGUACUUGACCAGGGACGGCGUUGUGGCCGCCAUGGACGACGUCCAGUAUCGGCCGGGAGAGACCAAUACCGCCGAUGCUUUGGAGUAUGUUAGGACUCGCAUGUUUAGACCCAAUAAUGGUGACAGAGAUUUUGCAAGAAAUUUCAUCCUCCUGAUCACUGGUAAUGACGAAAGUACGGACAGGUAUGAGGCGUUCCGCGCGGCAGAGAGAAACGAAGAUGACGGUACCUAUCUGUUCACGGUGGGAGUCGGACUUCGGGACCACAGUGAACUGGACGAGGUGUCGUCACAUGCUUUGGAUGAGUACCAGCGUCUGUUCUUAAUAUCUGACCGACCAGAGGAUAUCGAUGACGAAUUGGCGAUGCUAGACGCAUUACCAGAGGAGCCUCCUGUAGGGUUCCGCGGUCGGCCCUAUCCUCCACCAACAACAACACCAAUUCCAAUCACACUUCCACCUGCGACUGAUUGUGCCUUGUCAAAGGUUGAUCUGAUCAUGAUCAUAGACGCCUCCACCAGUGUAGGACAAGAUAACUACGAUAAAAUGCUGGCUUUCUGUAAGGAUUUCCUUAAGAACGCCGACAUUGAUUCCGGUAACGUACGUGUUGGUGCCUUGAUCUACAGUUCCGGGGUAGAAAUCCAGUUUAAUUUAAACACAUUCUCCACGAGAGCUGAUAUAAACCAGGCUAUUGAUGAUAUCCCCUACAUUUACGGAAGUACGAACACAGCUGAUGCUUUGAUGACGAUGAGGAGCAUGUUUAACUCCGCUGAUGGAGAUCGUGAUGGCGUCCCCAACAUCUGUAUCAUCUUAACAGACGGCGUAUCCAACAUAAAUUCUCGGAGGACCAUCCCGGAAGCGGACCGCGCUAGGGUUGACGAUAUCCACAUCUACGCGAUUGGUAUCGGUCUGAAGGAUACCAAAGAGCUGGACGGCAUCGCCAACAAACCAGCAUCGGAAAACAGCUUCAACGUUCAAACCUUUGACGAACUUAAUGCUCUCAGUGACCAAGUCUUCUCUUCACUUUGCCCAGGGUUCAAACAGGAGGAACGCCUACCUAAGACGUCCACUGCCCAACCGCCAAGAGUUACCGAUGCAACGACCACUACUACCACCACACCAGCUCCAACACCUCCACCUAGAGCGUUCGACUUGAUCAUUGUGCUAGACUCUUCGGUAACACCAGAGAAGUUCGAAUGGAUCCGCAAUUACGCUAAAAUGGUCGCUGGUCGGCUCAGCAUUGACAACGAGAAAUUCCGCGUCGGUCUCCUCAGGUACAGUACUGAUCAGGUCGUUCAGUACCAGCUGGACGAUUACUUGACCAGGGACGGCGUUGUGGCUGCCAUGGACGACGUCCAAUAUCGGCCCGGAGAGACCAAUACCGCCGACGCUUUGGAGUAUGUUAGGACUCGCAUGUUCACACCAACUAAUGGCGACAGAGAUUUUGCAAGAAAUUUCAUCCUCCUGAUCACUGGAAACGACGAAAGCACGGACAGGUAUGAGGCGUUCCGAGCUGCAGAGAGAAAUGAAGAUGACGGAACAUAUCUGUUCACGGUGGGAGUCGGACUUCAGGACCACAGUGAACUGGACGAGGUGUCGUCACAUCCUUUGGAUGAGUACCAGCGUCUGUUCUUAAUAUCUGACCGACCGGAAGAUAUCGAUGAUGAGUUGGCGAUGUUAGAUGCAUUACCAGAGGAACCUCCAGUGGGAUUCCGAGGACGUCCCUAUCCUCCACCAACAACAACGCCCAUUCCAAUUACGCUCCCUCCAGCUACUGAUUGCGCCUUGUCCAAAGUUGAUCUGAUCAUGAUCAUAGACGCCUCCACUAGUGUAGGACAAGAUAACUACGAUAAAAUGCUGGCUUUCUGUAAGGAUUUCCUGAAGAACGCCGACAUUGAUUCCGGAAACGUACGUGUUGGUGCCUUAAUCUACAGUUCCGGGGUAGAAAUCCAGUUUAAUCUCAACACAUUCUCCACGAGAGCUGACAUAAACCAGGCUAUUGAUGAUAUCCCCUACAUCUACGGAAGUACAAACACAGCUGACGCUUUGCAGACGAUGAGGAGCAUGUUCAACUCCGCUGACGGAGAUCGUGAUGGUGUCCCCAACAUCUGUAUAAUUUUAACAGACGGCGUAUCCAACAUCAAUUCACGGAGAACCAUCCCGGAAGCAGACCUAGCCAGAGUAGACGAUAUCCACAUCUACGCCAUUGGUAUCGGUCUAAAGGAUACCAAAGAGUUGGACGGCAUCGCCAACAAGCCAGCAUCGGAAAACAGCUUCAACGUUCAAACUUUUGACGAACUGAAUGCUCUCAGUGACCAAGUAUUUUCAUCACUCUGUCCAGGUCUCACAGAGCCCCCACCCACAACCACCACAACAACCACCACCACCACUCCGGUACCGACCACAACAGUUACCGACGCCCCGACGCCUCCUCCACGUGCCUUUGAUCUUAUCAUUGUCCUUGAUUCCUCUGUGAAUCCAGCACAAUGGCAAUGGAUUCAACAAUACGCUAAGAUGGUCGCCGGGCAGCUCAGUAUUGACAACGAACAAUUCCGUGUUGGCCUUAUACGGUAUAGUACCGAUCAAGUUGUUCAGUUUCAACUGGACGAUUACUUGACCAGAGACGACGUUUUGUCUGCAAUGGACAAUAUCCAGUACCAACCAGGCGAGACCAAUACUGUAGCUGCUUUAGAUUACGUACGACGAAGGAUGUUCAUAUCGGAGAAUGGAGACAGAGACUUUGCUAGAAACUUCGUUCUUCUGAUCACGGGGAAUGACGAAAGCACAGACAGAUACGGCGCUUUCCGAGCCGCUGAAAAAUUAGAAAAUGAAGGCGCUUAUUUAUUUACGGUUGGGAUCGGACUUCAGGACCACAGUGAACUGGACGAGGUGUCGUCACAUCCUCUUGAUCAAUACCAACGUCUGUUCUUAAUAUCUGACCGACCAGAGGAUAUUGAUGACGAGAAAGCAAUGCUUGAUGCAUUACCGGAAGUACCACCAGAAGGAUUCCGUCAGAGACCUUUCCGCCCACGUUCUACCACGCCGAUCCCCAUUACUCUACCACCACCAGUUUCAGACUGUGCCUUGUCCAAGGUUGACCUGGUCAUCAUCAUAGACGCCUCCACCAGUGUAGGACAGGAUAACUACGAUAAAAUGCUGGCUUUCUGUAAGGAUUUCCUAAAGAACGCCGACAUUGAUUCCGGAAACGUACGUGUUGGUGCCUUGAUAUACAGUUCCGGGGUAGAAAUCCAGUUUAACCUGAAUUCACACACAACAAGAGCUGAUAUAAACCAGGCUAUUGAUGAAAUCCCCUACAUCUACGGAAGUACGAACACAGCUGACGCUUUACAGACGAUGAGGAGCAUGUUCAACUCCGCUGACGGAGAUCGUGAUGACGUCCCCAACAUCUGUAUCAUCCUAACAGACGGUGUAUCCAACAUAAAUUCCCGGAGGACCAUCCCGGAAGCGGACCGCGCUAGAGUUGACGAUAUCCACAUUUACGCUAUUGGUAUCGGUCUGAAGGAUACCAAAGAGUUGGACGGCAUCGCCAACAAACCAGCAUCGGAAAACAGCUUCAACGUUCAAACCUUUGACGAACUGAACGCCCUCAGUGACCAGGUCUUCUCUUCUCUCUGUCCAGUUAAGCGUACCACUGAGCCCCCAUCUCCUCCUACAACGACUACUCCAGCACCGACUACUACAGUUUUGCACACCGUGCCACCUAGUACAACUGUCACCGCCACGACACUAACUCACACGACCACAGUAACGGAUGCCCCGACACCUCCACCCAGAGCCUUCGAUCUCGUAAUCGUUCUGGACUCCUCGGUUACACCAGAGAAAUUCGAAUGGAUCCGGAAUUACGCUAAAAUGGUCGCUGGUCGACUCAGCAUUGACAACGAGAAGUUCCGAGUCGGUCUCCUCAGGUACAGUACUGACCAGGCCGUUCAGUACCAGCUGGACGACUACUUGACCAGGGACGGCGUUGUGGCCGCCAUGGACGACGUUCAGUAUCGGCCGGGAGAGACCAAUACCGCUGAAGCUUUAGACUACGUGAGAAGAAGGAUGUUCCGACCUGAAAAUGGCGACAGAGACUUUGCCAGAAAUUUCAUUCUUCUGAUCACCGGAAACGACGAAAGCACGGAUAGGUAUGAGGCGUUCCGAGCUGCAGAGAGAAACGAAGAUGACGGAACUUAUCUGUUUACGGUGGGUGUCGGACUUCGGGAUCACAGCGAACUGGACGAGGUGUCGUCACAUUCUCUGGAGGAAUACCAACGUCUGUUCUUAAUAUCUGACCGACCGGAGGAUAUCGAUGAUGAGUUAGCGAUGCUAGACGCAUUACCUGAGGAACCACCAGAAGGAUUCAGAGGCAGACCAUACCCGCCAACUACGACUCCUAUCCCGAUAACGCUACCACCACCUACAGAUUGUGCCCUGUCUAAGGUUGACCUGGUCAUCAUCAUAGACGCCUCCACCAGUGUAGGACAGGAUAACUACGAUAAAAUGCUGGCUUUCUGUAAGGAUUUCCUAAAGAACGCCGACAUUGAUUCCGGUAACGUACGUGUUGGUGCCUUGAUCUACAGUUCCGGUGUAGAAAUCCAGUUUAACUUGAAUUCACACACAACAAGAGCCGAUAUAAACCAGGCUAUUGAUGAAAUCCCCUACAUCUACGGAAGUACGAACACAGCUGACGCUUUGCAGACGAUGAGGAGCAUGUUUAAUUCAAAUGACGGAGAUCGUGAUGACGUCCCCAACAUCUGUAUCAUCUUAACAGACGGCGUAUCCAACAUAAAUUCCCGGAGAACCAUCCCGGAAGCGGACCGCGCUAGGGUUGACGAUAUCCACAUCUACGCCAUUGGUAUUGGCCUGCAGGAUACCACCGAGCUUGACGGCAUCGCCAACAAACCAGCAUCGGAAAACAGUUUCAACGUUCAGACAUUUGACGAACUGAAUGCUCUUAGUGACCAAGUUUUCUCCUCUCUUUGUCCAGGACGUAGACCGACUGAGGAGCCGAGACGUACCACACCAACAGUGACGGAUCUCCCUCAACAAAGAGCCUUCGAUCUUGUCAUAGUACUGGAUUCUUCAGUAACACCAGAGAAAUUCGAAUGGAUCCGCAAUUACGCUAAAAUGGUCGCUGGUAGACUCAGCAUUGACAACGAAAAAUUCCGCGUCGGUCUCCUUAGGUACAGUACUGACCAGGCCGUUCAGUACCAGCUGGACGACUACAUUGACCAGGGACGGUGUUGUGGCUGCCAUGGACGAUGUCCAGUAUCAACCAGGGGAGACUAAUACGGCGGCUGCUUUGGAUUACGUAAGAAGAAGAAUGUUUAAACCUAAUAAUGGCGACAGAGAUUUCGCAAGGAAUUUCAUCCUCCUUAUCACCGGAAAUGACGAAAGCACGGACAG